CCGUCUACUUACUAAAGGGAGAUACAUAUUUCGACGUGUUUGUGUUGUGUGACACUUAAACCAAAACCUGAAAAAAAGAAUACGAAGUAAAGAAGAACUUUGGUAGAAUGGCCACUGAUUGCUUAAGAUCAUAUUUAAGGAAAGGUCGAUGGGAAUACGGCAAAGAGUACUUUAGAGAUGGUGUACUUAUCCUGCCGCAUGUGCAUCCUGCAGCACAUUCUGAAGAGACAAAGAAUUUUAAGAUCCGUAAAGAUGAUGUCUUCAUGUCGUCUUUUCCGAGGGCUGGAACACACUUGACCUGCGAGCUCAUUCAAAGUGUAUUGAACUUUGGAAGCACGCGGGAGUUAUGGAAUCAACAAAUUCAUGAUCGUGUACAGUUUCUACAAUUCAGUAGAGAAGUAAUAUUGGGAACAACUCCCUCUAUAGAAGAUCCAGGGAGUAGUCCUCUUCCACGUGCUGAGGCCGCUCAAAGUCAAAGAUUAUUCUUCAACCACAUGAACUACGAAUUCGUUCCAAAUGAUGUCAAACGGGGAAAAUGUAAAGUCAUAAUCACCCAUAGGAACCCUAAAUCUACAUACCUGAGCUGGUUCUACUUAUUAAGAGAUGGUUUCAAAGGAAUGUUCGAUUGGGAUAGUCCUCUUACGUGGGAGGACUUUUCUGCAGCCAUGUUAACUGGGGAAACUAAAGACAUGCCAGGAUUCUGUGGGACCUGGUUUGAUUUCUAUAAGCAAUGGUGGGAGAAUAGAACCCCAAACAUGUUCUUUUUAAACUACGAGGCACUAAUGAAGGAUGCCCCAAAGGUAAUAAUGGAGUUGGCCAAGUUUCUAGAAAAGGACUUGAACGAGGAUCGGAUUGAGACGAUUUCACAACAUAUUAAGUUUGACAACCUAAAGAAAAGCCCAGGGUUUGGCGAGGCCUUCGCUCGAUUGGAAGUUCUUGGAAAGGGGGCGGCCCCUCAUAUGAGAAAAGGGAAGAUAGACGACUGGAAAAACGUGUUCACGGUGGCACAGAGUGAACAAUUUGAUAAACUCUUCCAGGAGAAAAUGAAAGACACUGGCUUUCCUGAACCCAUUUACGAAUAAGACAUGGUUAUGACUAUGUGAAGAUUAAUAUAUACGAUGAUUAAUUGUAUGUUAACAACUUCAUCAAAUGACCUUACUCGUGGCACUGAAUUUGAUAACUUUACCACGGAAUAUGACUAAUCCUUUCAGUAAAAAUAGUGACCUUACCCUUGUAAAACUGUAUCAUACUGACAUAAGAAUAUCAGCACAACUAAAAUCACUAAAAUAUAAUCUGAUUUCCCUGUGUUGCACAUCAUAUUUUUAUUGGACAGUAGCACAUCUGUAAGCAAUUAUAAGGCAAGAAGCAGAUGCCUCGGGAAGUAUUUUGUUUAUUUUUGAAAAAAGAGGUUCAAUCGUAGCUAUAGUUAACAUGUUUUACACAAUACUAGAAAAAUAGAACGCGCAAAUUCGACAUGUGUCCCCUCUAUUUUUGACAAUAAAGACAUUAUAUGUUCUUGUUUUUCAUUUCAUUACUUUGACCUACUUUUGACCCCAUUUGACCUACUUUUGAGAUUUUCAACAUAUCCCUUGAUAUUUUUGAAUGCUAUAUAAUAUGGUACAUUUUAAUUGUACCUCUUCGACAUUGAAAACACCAGGGAGGGUCAUCUGUCCAUUAGUGUCAUGAAAAAUACGUUGCACAUAUUAGGGUUAAACUCCUCUGACGCUAUAUAUAGCGUUGCGUUUUUAUGAACGUCAACGAAUUCAAUAAUCAAGUGUGACAGUUGUCACACUUUAAGUGUGAUAAUCAUCAAAGCUUGUUUGAUGAGAGUAGAAGUCUUGUACCCAUUGGAUCAGGUUGAUCCCUGUAUGAUACUUUUUUGUAUCUGUGGAAGGGGAGCAUACUUUACUUUAGACCACUCUUACCUGUAACAUUCAUUUGAGCUAGCAAUGAUGGUUUCUUUUACCCUUUUAUUCAGAACCUAGAAUAGGUCAAGGCUCUGAAUAAUAAAUAAAUAUACAGUUUUAAUGCUGAUAAGAUUUAAAUGACCAAAGAAGUAGAUGCAUGGGCUUUAAUGAGUUUCAUUAUUAAAUGAAAGACAAGUAAUGGAUUCAGAUGAAAUAGAUGGACUUUUAAUAAAUAUUCAUAGUAUUAUGAUUGGUUAAGGCUAGAUGAAAGAAUUAUCUCUAACUCAGAGAGUAAAGAUGAGGCACAAAUAUAUAUUCA